AUGUAUCUUUAUGAUGUUCCUAGCAAACUUACUCUAACUUCAGUUGAAGAGUUCCAAGAGGCUUUUCAACUGUUUGAUAAUCGAGGUGAUGGGAAAAUUCAAGUCGCCCGAAUUGGAGACGCCCUCAGAGCUUUGGGACAGAACCCAACGGAGUCCGAUGUGAAAAAGUUUACGCAUCAAUACAAGUCAGAUGAAAGGGUUUCUUUUGAGGUGUUUUUACCCAUUUAUCAGCAAAUUUCUAAAACCAGAAGUGCAGACACGGCAGAAGAUUUUAUAGAAGGUUUGCGACACUUCGAUAAAGACGGAAACGGUUACAUAAGUUCUGCUGAGCUUCGACACCUUUUGACAACGUUGGGUGAAAAACUAAUGGAUGAUGAGGUUGAACAACUACUUUUAGGACAUGAAGAUUCACAUGGUAACGUAAAUUAUGAAGAGUUUGUCAAAGCCAUCAUGUCGGGUUAG